AGUUCUCAAGUCUCUGUCAGACAACCAGUGAAUUAGUGACACAUGUGACACCGGCACCCUACGUCGAGUCAUCACUAUCCAUGGCCAUGAAGGUCGAGAAGCCAGUCACUCAGGACGUUGGAAUGCAGUUCGGAAUGCGUGUGGCCACGCGUGUCAUGAGCUCUGGCUACCAGGUGCAACAGACCAGCAGCCACACACUGACGGAAGCAGUGGGAGUAGCAGAACGAGAAGUACAGGUGACUCAAACCGAACGACCAGUUGUGACCAGUGUGGAUCACAGAGAAAUGAAGACAGUGAAACCUGAUCAUAUGAUGUCAGUGAGUACCUCCUACGCAGAACCGCCUGUCAAACAGCCACCACCACGCCAACUGACUGACACUGCCACACAGGCGACCUCCGUUACCACACACGUCACGGAAUCCAGUGAGCAUGUGAUUGUCUCUAAACCCACCGUUCAAGUCCAAGCACCUCUCGUCACCGAGACCGCCUCAUUGGAGUUACCCACACCUGAACCUGUUCGCAAAACAUCACUAGUGGAAGCCACACAGUUCGUGAAACGUUCCACAGUCGACCAACAAAUCGACACAGUACCAGUCUCCUCGUCCGACGUGGGUGCACAGACUGAGCCACACAAAUCUCUACUCGACGGUGCUGCCCAUUUGUCGUUGAAACGCACCGAUACGACGUCACAAGCCAAACCUGUCCAAUUGUGCAUGGUGGAUUCUUGGAGUGAGAUACAUGCACCAGUGAAACCAGAGACACCAGUUGUUCCGGUCCACGAACCACCGAAACGCAUCCAAACAUUGGAAGCCUGUGUGCAGACGGUGAAGGAAAGUGUGUGUGUUGUGGAUAGUGCGACCAGUGUGUUAAUGAAGUCGCCGGAAAGUGUGCUUGAUUCGGCUGCAGCUUUCGUGAAGAGACCGAGUGUGAAUGCUGAAGUGCAAGUGGAUAGGGUGAGCACACCGGUCGUCAGUCUGACCACACACAAGUUAGAACCGAAAAUGGUCGAGAGGAGUCUGUGUACCAGCUGUGGACAUCGGUACGUGAAUACCGAAGAGAUGGCUUGUCAGACCGUUCAGCCUAAGAUCGAACCGGUUCCUGUGACUGUGAAGACGUCGAAUGUCGCUAUGCAGACCAGUAAGUUCUCAAGUCUCUGUCAGACAACCAGUGAAGUAGUGACACAUGUGACACCGGCA